AUGAGGAGUACAUUGGAAGAGGCGAUUGUGGAAACGCGCAGUACGCCUCUCGAAAAUCGACCGCGACUUCCCUGCAUAGCCCUAAGCAAGCGGAAUCGGGCUGUCGUGAGAGCUCUGAACCCAAUGCUGGUGACCUAUUUGCAAGCUAGCCGGGACCUUUGCGAGACGGACUCAAUUCUUUUUGGCGCCGCGCUGGCAGUCUGCCGUAUCAUAGGCGCCAAGGUUUCCACGGCUGGACGCGCUACUGGCCAUAGUAGCGCUAUCCCAGCAUGGAGAAGAAGAAUUGAGGAACGUAUCGCAAAGGCUAGAGCUCUCAUCGGCAGACUGAUAUGCUUCAGAUCAGGCAACAACAGGCCAAGAAUUGUGCGCACCGUCAGGAUGGCGUUUGCUGGGACAAAUGUCAGUUUGUCCCAGCCGGAUAUAACGCAAAAACUGACGGAGAGCAUAGAUGAUCUGAAGCAGAGAAUCGCUGCUUGGGGAAAACGGAUUCGGCGAUAUACCGAGAGGUCGACACGGUUCAACCAGAAUCGUCUCUUCCAGAGUGAUCAGAAGAGGCUCUAUGAAUCAUUGGAGCGACCAAUGGUAAGUGGAACGGGUCCAGCACCGAAUCAGGCCGACACUGUAGCAUUCUGGCGCGGCCUGUGGUCAGAGCCCGUAAACCACAGCGAGGGCCCUUGGACGGAAGUUGUGGCGAGUCAGUGUGCGGGUAUUACGCCCAUGGACCCCGUCAUCAUAACGCCGGAUGACGUAGCUGAGGCGGUCCGUAGGGCCCCGAACUGGAAAAGUCCGGGGCUUGACGGGCUGCAUCACUACUGGCUGAAGGGGUUCAUGAAUGCAGGAAAAAGUGAUAAAAAGCUUCGAUUACUAGGUGCCAACUUGCAGAUUUAA